AUGGCACCUAGCACAGACAAGUUUAGCUCAUUGCCUCACUCUUUGCUUUCUACCAUUGUUUCCUUGAUACCAUUUAGAGAAGCGGUAAGAACUUCAAUCCUCUCUAAAAGUUGGAUAGAUGUUUUUAAGUAUACAUCCAACAUAGAAUUUGAUGAAGCAUCUUUUGUGAAAGAUGGUCAAACUUAUCAAAUCAGACAAGCACAAAGAAAGGCUUUUCUAGAGUUUGUGUUGCUUUGGAUUGCUAAUCACACAAAAACUGUUGUAGAUAAGUUCUCUUUGAGAUUAUCAUUUCCUGGAAAAGUUAAGAGAGUUGUGAGGGAGUGCAUUACCUUUGCCACAAAACAUGGGGUGAAGGAGUUGGAGUUGGACUUUUCUGAUCCAACAUUGGAUUGUUAUUUUACUACUAAUUAUACUAAGCAUGAGGCCUUGUUUGAAUUGCCAUCACAUGUUUAUGGCCACACUUGCCUUAAAUCUUUGAAGUUGUUUUCAUGCAGCUUGGUUGAGGCUGAGUUGCUUAACUUUCAUGCACUCAAAGAAAUUUCUUUGGGUUGGAUGGAAGUAAAACUCAUUACUAUUAAGACCUUGUUGUCAAAUUGUGAGGCGCUUGACAGCUUAAGUCUUAAGAGGUGUUGGAAUUCGGAUGACUUUGAUUUACGGGAGGAAAACUUAAGGUUGCGAAAGUUGGUCGUUGACAGAUGCAUGUUUAAACCUAAUAGUCGUUAUUUUAUAGUCAAUGCUCCAAACCUAAGAUAUUUCUAUUAUUCCGGGUUGAAUAAUAACUUUUUGGUCAUGGACAUACGUUCUCUUAUGAUGGAAGAGGAAGCUCUUGACUUCUCCGUUGAAUACGAAGGACAUGCUCUAUUUCUCUACAAACUAGUGCAAGAUCAUAUCUCUGGUGGUAGUACUUUAACUGUGUGUAAUUACUUCCUUCAGGUUGUUCCCACUGGAGGCUGCCGGCUCAGAAUACCACAUAGCUCAAAUGUGAGAAGUUUGACAAUAAAAACUUCUUUGGAUCAAAAUGAGGUUUUAGGAAUCACAUUCUUACUUAAUAGUUGCCCUGAAUUAGAGCACCUCACUAUCAAAUUGGGUAUCCCAAAUAAUUAUUGGAAUUGUGAGUUACCUGACAACUUUAACCUCGAGAGGUUUUGGACUGAUCACGCAAGGGCUUAUAACUGCAUGGUAGAUGCUCUUAAAGAGGUGGAGAUUAAGGGCUUCAAAGGAUCAAUGAAUGAAAUUCAUAUGAUUACCUAUUUCAUCACUAUUGGGAGAGUCUUGAGAAAGAUGACUAUCAACAUAUUGAAGGAUGAUGUUGCUAAUCAAGAUGAAAGCUUGAACUCCUACUGUCGUGACAUGAUAGAAACGCUAAUGUCUCAAAGGGCUUCAAGAGAUUUAGAGAUUUCAAUUUAUUAG